AUGGGUCUGGGAUUCACUUUGCCCCUGGAGGGCCCCGAGUCUCGUCAACUUUGUUGUUUCCGCCGUAUUCACGGGGUGUUCUUUGGUGACUGUUAUUCUACGGGUAUUUGUGCGAGUGCGCUUGGUCAAGGCUUUUGGAUCCUCUUUGCAGCACUGAAUGUUGUUGUCAUGAUUGGGACCCGAAAGGGAAUUGGACACCCGAGCAAAGAGUUCGCGUUACCAAACGGGGCCCUGGAUCUGGAUGCAAUUCAAGAAGCGAUGUUUUGGUGGUGGCUUGGCCAGCAACUCUAUCUAUGGGCAUCCGCGAUCACGAAGGUCUCCAUCGCCAUUGCCCUCUUACGUCUGACCAUCAAGCGAAACCACCGCAUCUUCCUUUGGUUCAUCAUCGUAUUAGCUAUGACUAUCAUGUUUGCGUUCUGGAUGAUUCUGCUUUUCGACUGCAAACCCGUCUCCUACUUUUGGACUCGAGUUCACGUCCUGAGCACCACCGGCACUUGUACCUCGGUUGAAGUUCUUCUCGUCGUCGCAUGGAUCUACAGUUCUUGCACCAUCAUCUGCGAUUUCAGUCUCGGCUUCCUGCCCAUUUUCCUCGUUUGGAAACUGCAAAUGAAUUUCAAGACCAAGGUGGCGGUGGCUGGAAUUCUGAGUCUUGGUGCAGUUGCGAGUGUGGCCGUUCUUGUUCGAUUCCCGACUCUGCCUCAUUACAGAGAUACUGAUUUCCUGAGCAGUACCAUCUCAAUCGCAAUCUGGUCUAUCGUCGAAACAGGCCUCGGAAUCACCGCUGGUAGUCUGAUCACUCUUCGCCCGCUAUUCCGGUGGCUUCUCGGCGAUGCCAGCGUAUACAGCCAGAAACCUUCCAUCGGUGGCAGAUAUCCCUUAUCGAGUGUGAAGAGUUCCCGCGCCAAAGGUUCCAUCAACCUGCAAAAUUCCAACGAUCCGAGCUACUGGCGACCGGAUUUGAACCCCGAUCGUGACGGUCAUUUUGUGCAAGCAGUCUCCCUACAGCAACAGGGUGGCCCGCACUAUAUGAACAGCAGCCAAGAGGCCCUUUACACCCAGCCGCGCCCAGAUAUAGAGGGCAGAGGAGUGACGGUACAGAAGACAUUCGUCAGCACUGUCUCGCCACGCGACCACCGUUUCUGA